UGGACAUUCCUGCCAUCGCCAAUAUUAUUUUAGUUGUGUGGAGAGCAGCUCGUUCACAGCGGCUCGUUCAGUGUGCGUCUCUGCUCGGAUCUGGCUCUUGCUUGGGCUCCUGACGCGCUCCUCUCUUUUGACAAGCUUUGAAUCUUCUGACUAAAAGAGCUUGAGAACUGAAGACAGUAUCUGAGCUCAAGAGGACACAAUGUCUGGAUCGAUCCCAUUCUACCAGAAACACCACCGACAUUAUGACCGCGGCUACCGUAGCCGAGAGACGCAGUCUGCUAUCAGUCAGUACCAGCAGAGCUCUAGCACUUACUCUUCACAUAGCAGCAAAAGCAGCAAGGGCAUCAGAGCUGCCACAUACACGGCUCUAGGUGAGGGUGGGCUGAGCCCUCAGAGAGCCAAACCAACCUAUCUGGCCAUGGACAAGGAGAACCAGAUCAUCGGUUAUGUGGUGCCCAUCUUCAGGGGCAGUCAUGAGUUUCAAAGCGGCCUGUCAGACACUGAGGAAGCUCGCGCUAAAGAGAGCGCCGGGUAUCUGGCACGUCGUGACCUCUUCGCUAGCGGCGUGGAGUCGGAGCGCAUCGAACACAAGUCCCACAGAACCGUCAUGAGGGAGUCGGCAGAGCGCAUCUCGCUUAGCAAGAGGAUCCAUGAGAACGAAGAGUACCAUAAGCGUCUGAACGAGGACAGCCUAAUGCACACACCCGAGUUUGUGAUCAAGCCACGAUCCCACACUGUUUGGGAAAAACAGUGUGUGCGGCUGCACUGUACCAUCUCAGGAUGGCCUGAACCACGCGUUGUGUGGUACAAGAACAAUGUCAGCAUUGACCCGAUGGCCAAGCCAGGGAAGUACAAAGUGGAGAGCAGCUACAGCGUCCACUCCCUGGAGAUUGACAAGUGUGACUUUGAUGAUACCGCACAGUAUCGUGUGUCAGCCAUGAACAGCAAGGGCGAGACUUCUGCUUUUGCUUCUGUUGUCGUCAAAAGAUUCAAAGGAGAAGUUGAUGAGUCUCUGCCGUCUCCCAGACUCCAAAGCAGACAUUUCGGCUUCAAAGUGCCGUGUCUGGAGUACGGAGUGAAGUUCGAGACGCACAUCGUGGAGAAGUUUGGUGUGUCUUUUGGUCGUGAGGGUGAGACGCUGAGUUUUGGCUGCUCUGUUAUCAUCUACCCGGCACUGCAGCGCUUCCAGCCUGAGAUCGAGUGGUACAGAGACGAUAAACUGCUGGUGCCAUCUAAAUGGGUUCAGAUGCACUGGAGCGGUGACCGAGCGACUCUUACUCUCUCACACCUCAACAAGGAGGAUGAAGGACUCUACACACUGCGAGUCAUCACCAAAUCUGGCUUUGAGACUCAUUCAGCGUAUGUCUUUGUCAGAGAUGCUGAUGCGGAGGUUGCAGGAGCUCCUGGUGCACCUUUAGAUGUCCAGAGUCUGGACGCCAAUAAGGAUUAUGUCAUUGUUACCUGGAAGCAGCCUGCUGUGGACGGAGGAAGCCCCAUUUUGGGAUAUUUUGUUGACAGGUGUGAAGUUGGCACGACACACUGGUCGCAAUGCAAUGACACGCCGGUGAAGUUUGCACGCUUCCCUGUAACGGGUCUGGUGGAAGGACGAAGCUAUGUGUUUCGAGUGCGUGCGGUGAACAAGGCAGGCAUGAGCCAUCCAUCCCGUGUGUCUGAACCAGUAGCUGCUAUGGACCCUGCAGACCGCACUAGAAAAGGUCCCUCUGCUCCUUGGACUGGACAAAUCAUUGUGACUGAGGAGGAGCCUGUGGAGGGAGUGGUUCCCGGCAGACCUCGUGAUCUCUCAGUCAUUGAAGCCACUAAAAACUACGUGGUGUUGAGCUGGAAGCCUCCAGGGGACAAGGGCCACGAAGGGGUUAUGUAUUACGUGGAGAAGUGUGUGUCUGGCACAGACAGCUGGCAGCGAGUCAACACUGAAAUCCCCGUCAAAUCUCCACGUUUCGCUCUUUUUGAUCUGGCCGAGGGCAAAUCUUACCGCUUCCGUGUCCGCUGCUGUAACUCGGCCGGUGUUGGUGAACCAUCCGAACCGACCGAAGCCACCACGGUCGGGGACAAGCUGGAUAUCCCAUCAGCCCCUGGCCGUGUGGUUCCUACUCGUAAUACAGACACGUCUGUGGUGGUUUCAUGGGAAGCUUCACGUGGCGCUAAAGAGCUGGUGGGCUACUACAUUGAGAGCAGCAUUGCAGGGAGCAACAGUUGGGAGCCAUGCAACAACAAACCAGUUAAAUGCACAAGGUUUAUCUGUCAUGGCUUGACCACUGACGAGAGUUAUGUUUUCCGAGUAAGAGCCAUCAAUGCUGCAGGAAUCAGUGAAUUCUCCCAGGAAUCAGAAGCCAUUAAAGUUAAAGCUGCUAUUGGGGGCGGUAUUCUUCAUGCUUCACCCACUCCACCCUACGGCAUCACUGUGCUGGAGUGUGUGCGGGACUCGAUGGUACUAGCCUGGAAACAGCCCACGUUCAUCGGCGGCGCUGACAUCACUGGUUACUUCGUUGAUUACCGUGAGGUCAUCGGUGGAGUCCCGGGAAAAUGGCAUGAGGCGAAUAUCAAGGCUGUCAGUGAUAGAGCUUACAGAGUUUCAGAGCUUAAGGAAAACAUGCUGUACCAGUUCCAGGUGCGUGCUGCCAACAUGGCUGGUGUGGGCAUCCCAUCUCUUCCCAGCGAGACAUUCAAGUGUGAGGAGUGGACUAUUGCUGUACCGGGACCACCCCAUGACCUCCAAGUGCAGGAGGUGCGUAAGGACUCUCUGGUCUUGCUCUGGAAAGCACCGGUCUAUCAGGGUCGUGAUCCUGUCAAUGGAUACUACAUUGAUAUCAAAGAGGCUGAUGCAGACUUUGAGAUGUGGAGAGGAGUCAAUGAGAAAGCUACUGACAAGACAUUCAUGAAGAUCAAAGAUCUGAAGGAGGGGGAAUCGUAUGUUUUCCGUGUGCGUGCUCAGAACAAGGCUGGUGUAGGAAAAGCAUCAGAUCCUACAGAACCAGUUGAUGCAGUGACUAAACCAGGUACGGCUGAGAUAGUCGUGAAUGUUGACGAUGAUGGCGUCAUUUCACUGAAUUUCGAGUGCUCUAACCUCACCGCUGACUCCAAGUUCGUCUGGUCCAAGAACUACAUGGAAAUGACAGAACCCGAACGCAUGACCUUAGAGACCAAGGGUAGCAAGUCCAAGGCCAUCUUUAAAACCCCUUCAGAAGAAGACCUGGGCAUCUACUCUUGUUUCGUGACACACACUGAUGGAGCCUCUGCCAGCUACACACUCUCUGAGGAAACUCUAAAAGAUCUCCUGAAGAUCAGCCACGAACACAAAUUCCCCAUCAUCCCUCUGAAGACCGAGCUGGCCGUGGAGCUGCUGGAGAAGGGCAGGGUUCGCUUCUGGUUGCAGGCUGAGAAAAUCUCUGCCAAUGGAAAAGUUGAAUACGUGUUCAAUGACAAUGUGAUCCACCAGGGAGAGAAAUACAAGAUGAACUUUGAUAAAAAUACUGGCGUCAUUGAGAUGUUCAUGGAGUCUCUGGGCAAAGAAGACGAGGGAACGUUCACUUUCCAGCUUCAAGACGGCAAAGCCACCAACCAGUCCAGUCUAGUGCUGAUCGGAGAUGUGUUCAAGCAGUUACAGAAGGAAUCAGAGUUCCAGAAAAAAGAAUGGAUUAGAAAGCAAGGUCCACACUUCGUGGAGUAUCUCGGUUAUGAAGUCACACCUGAGUGCUGUGUGAGACUGAAGUGUAAGGUUGCUAAUAUGAAGAAAGACUCUGUGGCGCUGUGGUAUAAGGAUGGACGAGAGAUCAAGGUCAAUGAGAAACUGGAUUUCUCUGAAGGAGUGUUGACUCUGGAGAUCACUCAGAUCUCCAAAAAAGAUGCCGGUAUUUAUGAAGUAGUUCUGAAGGACGAUCGAGGCAAAGACACCUCCACCCUCAACCUCACAGACCAAGGAUUCAAAGACCUGAUGAACCAGGUUUUCAGUGUUAUUGCGAACUCCUCCACUCCACUGAAGAUCCAGAGCACUGAGGAGGGAAUCAGGCUUUACUCCUUCGUCAGCUACUACAACGACGAGCUGCAUGUCACCUGGCAUCACAAGGACGCUGCGAUCGCAUUCACCGAGCGCAUUAAGAGCGGUGUGGUGGGAGAGCAGCUGUGGCUGCAGAUCUCUGAACCCACAGAGAAAGAUAAAGGCAAAUACGCCAUUGAGUUCUUCGAUGGGAAAGGAGGCUUGCGCAGGACUGUGGAACUGGCUGGACAAGCAUUUGACGAUGCAUUUGCUGAAUUUCAAAGACUCAAGGCUGCAGCUAUUGCAGAGAGAAACCGUGCGCGUGUGGCAGGUGGUCUGCCUGAUGUUGUGACCAUCCAAGAGGGCAAGUCUCUGAACCUGACCUGCAAUAUCUCGGGCGACCCUGUACCCGAGGUCACCUGGCUAAAGAACGAGCGCGAGAUGGUCUCCAACGAUCACUACAUUCUGAAGUUUGAGUCGGGCAAGUUUGCCAGUUUCACCAUCACCAGCGUCAAUACGUCUGACUCCGGCAAGUACAGCAUCCUGGUGAAGAACAAGUACGGUACGGAGAGCGGCGACUUCACCUUGAAUGUGAUCGAAAGCAUGGUCGAUUUUGGUGUGAUGUCAUAUCUGGCUGACGCAGAUGGAAACGUAAUUGUUGGACCGACAACUCCUGUGCCAACGCCUUCAACCAGAUCAGUUCCCACAACACCCAGCCCAGCAGCCCCAACCCUAACAUCAACCCCGGCCAAUACAAACCCCCAAAAUAAAACUAGAGCUACCCCGACCCUCAAAAAUCAAACCCCAAGAAUAGAACGUUCCUCAUCCCCACCUGCUCAGAUCCCCAUAAACCAAUCCCCAGGUUCCCCGACCCCUCAAAACCAAACCUCAGAUACACUGAUCCCCUCCACCUUAAACACAUCCGCUCCUCAACCCUCCACUCCCACAUCAGGUGAGAAAUCAGCCAGUACAUCAAUGGACAAUGAGAAGAUAACAGCGAUGCUGAAAGAUUCUGUGGAUAAUCUGGGGUUAUCCACCUCAGAGACGGAGCUGGUUGAUGCCAUGCAUCUCACAGAACUUGAGGACACAACUUCAUCAGAACCAGACGACUCUACACCAGCCCUUGAAACCGAAAACCUUGAAAAUGUGUGUGAAACCAAAGAUGAUUAAAAAUGCUUGAGGACACAGCUUAACUGUAUUAAUAUGCUUUAGAACUAGACAUAGGACAUGAACCAUGUUAGUUACGGUUUUAGAGAUUUUUUUUUUUUUUUUGAUUAGUGUGUCAUUUCAAAUGCUUGUUCACGAGUGCUUUAGAAAAGUUUGAUGUUGAGGUAAAAUUAUAUUUCAAGGCCUUUGCUUUGCCUGAAAUAUGGAAGAUGAUUAGUGCCAAGCAGUAAAAAAAAAAAAAAAAAAGGUUCAUUAUAAUGCGAUAUUAAACGUGCAGUUUGUUUUUAGCAAAAAAGUCAAAAUAAAAUGGUGACUUUUUUUAUUCAAUAAUAAAGUCAUUGUGUUUCAGGAAAAAAUACAACUUAAAAUUUAGAGGAAAAAAAUCCAAAUUAAAUGUUGAGAAUUAACAGCAAUUUUGGGAAUAAGGUCUUUGCAUUUUGAGAGAAAAAAAAACAAUACAUUUUAAGUAAUAAAGUCGAAAUAAAAAUGUUGCAAAUAAACUAUUAAUGUACAACAAUACUGAGGUGCAAAUAAUAUCUGUCACUUUUUAUAAGAACUGUAUAAACAUCAUCUGAUUACUAUUUACACUAAUUGCAAAUAUCUGCUACUUUUACUUAAAGUAAAUAGAAUCACUAUUUUCACUUAGUGUAACAUUGCAAAAAAAUGCUGCUGUCACAGUGUAAAGAGAAUAUAUUCAUAUUUUCAAUAACUGUUGACCUAAACUAAAUCCUCAUGGCAUUUCCAUUAAUGGAUGUACAGAUAGUUACAGUCAUUUUAUUCUAUGGAAGGAGGCGUAGCCAUCAAUGAUCCUAAAGUUAUAGACAGUUUUUCUGGAAACACAACUUUUUCUCGUAAUUUAAUGAGUUUCUUGAAAUUUUACAUUUAAUUUUGCAUUAUAAUGACUUUAAUCUCGAAAUGGUUUUAUUUAUUUUAUUAUUCUUCGAACCAAAACACAAAGCUUCUCUGGGAGCUCAAAAAGUACAAAAUGGUGGGUGGAAAAAAAUUCAACACUUUGGCGUUCUCUUGCAAAACGUUUGCAUUCCCUGGAAAAACUCUUGCAUUUUCUCCACCAUCUUAACAUGGCUGAACAAAGACAGAAAAAGCCCAAAUUUGGUAUACAGUUUGUUAAAAAUAUAAACUAUGUUCAGGCAAGCAGAUGACCCCAGAAUAUAAACGUAACACAGUGAGCUGUUAUGUAGAAAACGUCUACACAGCGAGAGAAUGAAUCUCAUUUUGAAAUAGCACAGUUUCACAAUGCCUGGUUUAAUUGUGUACAAUUAGUCAUUACAUGUUACUCCAAAGAAAAACUAAAUGUAAUUGAAUACACCCACUUUUCACCAUCCACCCGUCUACUGCCCUUUUGCUGGAAAUCUUUAAAAAAUAUAGUUUUUGUUUUAGCUUGCAGUAGUUUUACAGACACUCACAUAGCAGAUGUUUUAUUUAAAUUAGCUUGCAAAAAACAAUACAAGCACAAUCUAUUAAUCUAAACUAUGUUAUUAUUGUAUUAAUCUAAUACAAGUAGUGCUACUAUAACAUUUCAUGUAUGCAUGUUUAAAUGUUUGAUUAAAUAAAAUGUAGAACCAAGUGUAUUAUUAAAUGACAAUCAUCAAUAAACCAACACCUCAGUUAUUGUUACUCCAUGUUUAUCACCUUUCACCUCAUUUGCAACCUUGGUUGAUAGAAUAGAUGAAGAAAGCCAAGACUACGAAAUCCAAUUAUUUAUAACAGGACAUUUAUUUGCUGAUGAGAUUCAUCUUCACAUGCCUUUAUAGCAGUUUCUGAUUUUUAAUGUAUCUAUUUUUCUAGAAUUUCUACAAGAAAGAUCUGAAGAUGGCAGCAAUAAUGACAUGACUGUGAACAUGACAUUUAAAAUGAUGAAACUUUCUAUUAAUUGUUAUAUAAGAUACAAAGAUUCAGGUAGAUACAGUUACAGUUAAUCAAAAUAAAAACA